AUGUCUCAGAGGAGGAACUGGGAAAUGUAUGGGGCAGUGGGGAGCACCAGCAGCAGAACGCAGGGAAGCUGUGCAGAGCUCACCUCUCCUGCCUGGAGCACCGUCGCCUCCAGCUCAUCCUCUGCAAGACUCACCAGCAAAAUGCAGCAGCUGCAUCUUCUCUGCCUCAGUCUCCUGGUGCUGAGAUGUAUCCUGGAUGUGCAUGGCGGGAACAACGUCCUCGACUGCUGCCUGCGGACAAGCGAGAUGCCCAUCCCGCGGCGGAUAGUGCAGGAUUACCGGCUCCAGCUGGUGCAGGAUGGCUGCAACAUCCCGGCUGCCGUGUUCAUCACCACAAAGGGCAAGCGCCUCUGUGCCCCACUCCAAGCCCCAUGGGUGGUUCGCCUCCAAGAGAAGCUGGAUGCCAGCUCUGCCAGGAAGGCCAAACCGCAGGGCAAGUAG